AUGGAUGAUAAUCGAUGCAUCGGUAUCAUUGGCUGUGGCGACAUGGGUUUUGCACUUGCCCAUCGUUUACUCUUGUGCAAAUUUACUGUAGUAAUGGGUAGCCGUUGUCCAGUCAAACGAAACAGCACACAAUUAGAAAAAGUCUCCAUUGUCGAAUGUAUUCGUCGUUCGCCUAUUAUUUUCAUUGCCAUUCAUCCGCAACACUACAUCGAUUCUCUUGUAUCGCAUCUUGAACUCGAACCAUCAUUGUUUGAUGGAAAAAUUCUUAUUGAUCUAUCAAACCAAUCUUGUCAAAAAUCACAUCUGAACGAUUUUUCCAAUGCCGAACGACUUCAAAUGGCAAUACCAAAUGCAUUUGUUGUCAAAGCAUUCAAUUCUAUCUCAUCAUUUGCCAUGCAGAGUACAACAUCAGGUGAACCACGCAAUGUUUUUGUUGCUAGUGAUCAUUCAAUAUCCAAAAAUAAGGUAAUAGCCCUAGCACAUGAAAUGAGUUUCAAUUCAUCCAAUGCUGGUUCGAUUCGAGCAGCACGUCGUCUAGAAAGUGAUACUAUAUCUCUAUUUCCCCAAUGGCAAGUCCCUGUUGUUGUCACAUUUAUCAUUGUUUCUAUCUGGCUUGUUUACACACUCUGCAUGACAUAUAUCAAUAGACGUACAACAUCAUGGAAUCAACUCUUUUUACACAUGGCUAAUGAAACAUUAUGUCCAUGUGCCAUCACCAUGUUAGCGAUUGUUUACAUGCCCUCGAAUCUUGCAUGUAUAUUUCAAUUGAUCUAUGGAACUCGGGACCGACGAUUUCCGAGAUGGCUGGAUCGAUGGCUAUUGAGCAGAAAACAACUCGGUAUAUUGGCAUUUGUUAUAGCUCUUUCUCAUUCGUUGAUGACACUCAUUCUUAUAACACCCGCUUAUUAUUCUUCAUGGUUUCAUCCUGUUGAAAUUAUGAUCUCGACUGUACAUAAUCAGACACGAGUCAUCAUAGAGAGUAGUUUCAUGAGCGCAAAAGGCGAAUUAGCAUCCCUAUUAGGUAUUUUAACUCAACUCUGCAUGUCCAUUCUGGUUGUAACAAGUAUUCCUGCGAUUGGUAAUCUAUUGAAUUGGCAAGAGUGGCGCUUUGUACAAUCAAAACUCGGUACCGUGACAUUAUUGCUUUCUAUUGGACACGUAGUUGCGAUGGCUAUGCCAUACUGGAUAAGAGUAGGAGUGGUUAAAUCUCUCUACAGUCUUGGUUUACUGUGCAUAUACCUGCCAGCUGUAAUUAUCUUGCUGAAAUUCAUGUUCUGCUUACCCUGCUUCAGUCGUCGACUCUGUCGAAUUCGUCGUGGGCAAGAAACCAAAGAUGCUGACCGAUCAAAUCAAAAUACAUACAUAUAA